AUGGUUACAUUCGUUCCAAACGAAAGAGCAUUUUUUAAUUAUGAAACAAAAUCAUUAAAUCGAACAUAUAAUUAUCUUUAUAAUGAAUCGAAAUGUCGAAUUACUUUACCAGAAAUUUCACGUGACAGUUUAAUAAUAUCAUCUUUAUUAAGUAUUCGUCGAUUAAUUGUCAGAAUAGGUGUUUUUUAUGAAACUGGUUCCAGUAUUCAGUUAUUUUUUGGUAGUGGACUGUUAUUAAAUGAUAAACUAGUUUUAACGUGUGCACACAAUUUCGAUGCUAUUGAAUGGGAAGAUAAACCUAUUCGUCAUUCUAAAAUUGUUAUAUGUUGCUUAGAUCCAGCCAAUGAAAGUUUAUUUUCUAUGUUUAAUCCUAGUGAUGAUUUAAUUGAAGCAAAACUAUUUCGACGUGGCUUGAUACAAGAUAAUAUGUCGAAUUAUGAUGAAUCAAAUGUCAAUACAACUGAUCUUGCUAUUCUUUUAUUAGAUAAACCUAUACAAAGUUUAUCAUCAAAUGAAUUUUUCGAUCCGAAAUUGAAUUCAUUAUUACCUAAAUCAAAUGAUAUUCCAAUGAAUUCUCAAUUAUUUUUGAUUAGUUAUAAUGGAGAAUUAACUGAUAACAACGAAUUAAAUCCUUAUAAAGAUGAAAAAGGUUUUGAAAAUGUUUCAAUUGAUAAAUUAAAUUUUUAUCAUAAUGCUAACCACAAAUCAGUUUCUAUCGGGCGUCUUAUUCAAGACUCACCUUCAAAUGAUAAACAUGUCAUGCAUAGUUGUAGUACAUUAAGAGGAUCAAGUGGAGGUGUAGUAUUAUAUUCAACUGGAAAAUUUGCUGGAAUACAUAUUGGAGUGGCCAAUUCGCGAAAACGAAAACAUAACGAUGUUUUCUUCAAUAAAGAAACAUUCAACAAGUAUUUACCAGUCGCUUCAACAAAAUUUCGUCAAUUUAUUAUAGAAUCAAUUAUACCAAAUAUCGAUAAUGAUACAGCAGACAAAUGGCAAUUCGAUUCUAAAUAA